AUGUUGUUGUGGGACCGGCAAGACUGCAUUCCCUUGAACAGGAUUCUUUCAGAAGACGACAUUAUUGUACUCCUCACGCCCGUCGUUGUCCCUCACAACAGACUCGCAGACAAUGGCAAGGAUCCCUUUGAACCGUUGGGCCGUGCCAUCGCCUCGCGGCAUCCACUAGUCCGGCACGUUCCAUACACGAAACGAGGGGGCAUCACUAAUAUCCAUUUCGAGUUUAUCAAGAGAGCCAAAGCCAUCGUCUUCGUCGUAUCAGGGGCUCACUUGGACGACGAUGUCUCUCAAAUCGACUUGGCCGACGCUGCGCGAACAAUGGCAGACGAGCGCCCUCAGAUUGUAGUGGCGUGCUGCAACCUGCAAGCUCACAACCUUCUCAUUGACCAUUUUGCUACAAUUGUGCAGAUCGCCGGUUAUCUGCCAUCGGAACUCGAAGUUGCCGCUUCAAUCAUCUUCGGGGACGCUCGACCAACUGCGGGACACGCAGUUCCCUUACAAAACCUCGUCAUCGCGCCACAAACAUGGGCAGUCGAAGCUUGCGGCAUCGACAUGACACCCAUUCAUCAACUUUGGACAGAAUGUCUUCCGCCCAAAUAUCACCUUCCGCAGUACGCACUUGUCCUGCUCCUCCAACGAGAUGGCUUUUCCAGGCACUACGUUGUGCGGGAACCGGAGAAGAAGCAAAUCAUAGGCUUUUGCGCCACAUACACUACGUAUCCCGAUGGAGGUCAAGAUAAUCUGCUCGGUUCAUUGGCCGUCCUGAUUGUGAAAAGUUCGUAUCGCGGGAGAGGAGUUGGGCUAAGUCUUCACGACCAUGCGCUCAAACAACUGCAGAGGACACGGGGCGUCAAUCGACUGCAACUUGGCUCAGCUUUUCCGCGUCUUCUUUAUGGUGUGCCUUCAGAUUUCUUUUCGAUAGACUGGUUUUCACGUCGGGGUUGGCAGAUGAACGGCGCUCAGCCCGGUCAAGGGCUGGAGGUUUCGGAUUGGCUUCUUAGGUUUGACGAUAUGCCAGUGAAGAGCUUCUCGUCAGCUGGACUGACUUUCAGGCGAUGUGGCAUGAUCGAGUACCACCAGGUCUUGGAUAUCGUCGGCCGAGACGCGGCCCGCAAGGAUAACAUGGGGUGGUACGACCAGUACUACGUAUUGGAUGGCACGCCACACAUUGAGGAUAUCCUCCUUGGCUUGGAGGGCAACACUAUUGUGGCCAUCGCCUUGACCUACAUUCCCAACUCCGGGAGUCCAGCCGGUAAUGAUCUUCCGUGGGCAACGACCAUUGGGCCCGAUGUUGGGGGUGUAACAUGCAUUUGCAUCAUAGAUGACCAUCCUGAGAUGGUAAACAGCCGAGACUCGGUUAUCAUUAGGUUGCUCGACACGUGCGUCAAGCUGCUGGCCGAGCAAGGCAUGCGGCAGAUGUUUAUCGACGGCGUUAGGGGAGGCGAGGCUGGGUUUCGGUCCCUGGGUUUCCGGGAAUGGGCGAGAUACAAGGACGUUUGGCGGAAGGUUUGA